AUGAACCAGCACCAGCAAUCGCCGCCGCAGGAAGGCAUGGCUUUGCUUCGACACCAGUUCCACCAGGGAUUAGUAAAUUGGGGAGAACCGCACUUGAGUCCUGGCCGUGUGCCGCAGGUCAGCGCGUGCGCUUUCACCGCGCCAAAUGGGAAAGACGAUUCCUCCUACUUCACGGUGGACUCGGACAAGCACUCUAAUAAACCAGUAACAGACGUUUCCGCCUUCACCAGACUAAUGACAGACGUGGGGUCCAUGAGCAGCGGCGCUGGUCCCAUUCAGGGCUACUUCCGUGCAGAACAGUCCUACCCUGGGCUGAAAUUCCUCGAGCACACCAGUCAGGACUUUUCCUCAGUGAGCCACCCGAACGCCUCCCAUUCUGAUAGCCGGCAGUUGUACAAUCUGAGCUUUCCAGACAAACCUUGCCUAGAUAAAAAGCUCGUUAGCGAUGACUUAGCGGUCUGCAGCACUGAAUGUCCAGCCCAGAGGACCAAUAGCACCGUCAUCCUCACCCUCAACAACAGUCACAGCAGCAACGAGGAAGAAGUAGACCUAGGUUUACGGCAAGAAAAGCCCCUCUCAGAGUUUCCUGAUGGCAAUAAAACUCGCAGACAGGAGACGCAAGAGGAGACGAAAUUCGAGAACGCUCCAAGCGGCUGGUUGUCGGCAAAAGCCGGGAGGAAAAAGCGAUGCCCUUAUACCAAACACCAGACGCUAGAGCUGGAGAAGGAAUUCCUCUUCAACAUGUACCUGACUCGAGAGCGCCGCCUGGAGAUCAGUCGCAGCGUCAAUCUCAGCGACCGCCAGGUCAAAAUCUGGUUCCAGAACCGUCGGAUGAAACUGAAGAAAAUGACCCGCGAGCACAGGGCCCGGGACAUGAGCGCGCAUUUCUCUGUCUGA